AUGCUAUGGAAUCAUCAACAAAAAGUUAAUGUGGGAGAUAUCCCUGUUGUGUGGUUUACUGGGCGCCGUUUGCCAAUGGUCCACCCAGCCAUCACGAUCCUCGACGAAUCCGAUGUUCAAGAAAACACACCAAGGCAACUUAUAUUGACCAAAGGCGAUAACUGUCAAUUCGACGAUAGCUUCUUUUACCCAGUGGGGCAAUCGUACGUCCACCGAGAGGAGAUAAUUGGUUUAGUUCGGGGCCAUGUGCCCUACAUAGGACGACUUUCCUUGCUGUUGAACGAGAAUCCAGCAUUAUACCCAGCAGUGGCCACCUUAAUUGCUGUGGGCCUUGCGGGCUAG